GGGGACAUUGGGCAGUUUUGUUGUACUAGCAGCAAGGCGUCUCGCGUGGUGGUUCCCGUAGGACCUGGGCCGUCCAGCACAAUCGUGAAGGGGCUCUCGAGCCAUUGUGUGAUCCGUGGCCGCCGGGGCCCGGCGCGAGGACGACUUGAGGCCUUGGAAGGAGUGAGCUAGAAAGCAACUCCCGUUGCCACCGUGCUCGUGAGGACAAGUGUGAAAGUGAUCUCGGUGUGUGGGGCUGCGUGGCGGUGACGCGUGAUAGAUGGCAGCGAGGACAGGUGUGAGGAGGAUGUCAGGCCGUCGUGUUCCCUCAGCGUGUGAUAGGCGUCCGCUUCCACGGGGCCUGGGUAACGUGGGCUCCCCCGCUCCUGAGCCACGGCCACUGCGGCUGCCUUUCCUUGAGGCUGAGGCACCCGCAAGGCAUUCCUUGCUCACAAUGUAUAGAACAAAAGUAAGCUUGAAAGAUCGUCAACAACUUUACAAACUGAUUAUUAGUCAAUUGCUGUAUGAUGGAUACAUAAACAUUGCCAAUGGCCUGAUAAAUGAGAUAAAACCACAAUCAGUCUGCGCACCCUCUGAACAACUGCUGCAUCUGAUUAAACUAGGAAUGGAGAACGAUGACAGCGCAGUUCAAUAUGCAAUUGGACGCUCCGAUACAGUAGCUCCAGGAACAGGGAUUGACUUAGAAUUUGAUGCAGAUGUCCAGACUAUGUCCCCCGAGGCUUCUGAAUAUGAGACCUGUUACGUCACAUCUCAUAAAGGACCAUGUCGCGUAGCUACAUAUAGCAGAGAUGGGCAGUUAAUAGCUACGGGAUCUGCUGAUGCCUCAAUAAAAAUUCUUGAUACAGAGAGAAUGUUGGCAAAAAGUGCUAUGCCCAUUGAGGUCAUGAUGAAUGAGACAGCACAGCAGAAUAUGGAAAAUCAUCCUGUUAUUCGGACUCUAUAUGAUCAUGUGGAUGAGGUUACAUGUUUAGCUUUCCAUCCAACAGAACAGAUCCUGGCAUCUGGUUCAAGGGACUAUACGCUUAAAUUGUUUGACUAUUCAAAACCUUCUGCCAAAAGAGCCUUCAAGUAUAUCCAGGAAGCAGAAAUGUUACGCUCCAUCUCUUUUCAUCCUUCUGGCGACUUCAUACUUGUUGGUACCCAGCACCCUACCUUACGGCUUUAUGAUAUCAAUACAUUCCAGUGUUUUGUAUCUUGCAAUCCUCAAGAUCAACACACCGAUGCUAUAUGUUCAGUAAACUAUAAUGCAAGUGCUAACAUGUAUGUGACAGGAAGCAAGGAUGGAUGCAUCAAAUUAUGGGAUGGUGUUUCAAAUCGAUGUAUCACUACUUUUGAGAAAGCACAUGAUGGGGCUGAAGUCUGUUCUGCCAUCUUUUCCAAAAAUUCAAAGUACAUCCUGUCAAGUGGAAAAGAUUCUGUAGCUAAACUGUGGGAGAUAUCCACAGGUCGAACGCUGGUCAAAUAUACAGGAGCUGGUUUGAGUGGACGACAAGUACACAGAACACAGGCAGUCUUUAACCACACAGAGGACUAUGUGUUACUUCCUGAUGAAAGGACCAUAAGUCUCUGCUGCUGGGACUCAAGAACUGCAGAACGGCGAAAUCUUCUGUCAUUGGGGCAUAACAGCAUUGUCCGGUGUAUUGUUCAUUCUCCUACCAAUCCUGGUUUCAUGACAUGCAGUGAUGACUACAGAGCUCGAUUUUGGUACCGAAGGUCAACCACAGACUAAAGACAGUUUUAUUAAACAGUGAUUACCUAGAUGAAUUAUACCAUCUUAUAUUAAGUGUAGUGCCAACAGAUGCCUAAACAAGAGCCAUGCUGUGUCUAUAUUUAACUUUGUCAAACAUGGUGAGAAAAGAUGAAAGUACUGAGAAUUAGUUUUCCCUCACUCACUGACCUUAUUAGUGUGUAUGGCAUCAAUUGUGUAAGUAGACUCAACCGUUAUUUUUGAAUACAAUUAAUCCUUCCUGCGGGGAUAGUUUUAAACUUGCUCUUACAUGUCUAAAUUUUCAAAAUGUUAGUAACUUAAGUGAAUCUUGUUCAAUCUGUGUAGAAUUUCUCCAUUACAUCUGUGCAAACCUAUUAAAGAAUUUUUUUUUUUUUUAAAGAAUGGAUUGCACAAAUUCUCAGCAGAACUUGGCCGGAUAUUUUAAAGAACCUUUAAGUUGUAUUUCAGUUUUGAUUCAUGCACGGUGCAGUGAAAGCUCUGGUUUUGUAUCCCUUUUUUUUUUUUUUUUUUUUUUUUUAAAUUGGCCAAGUGGCCCUCCAGCUCUGAGCCAGAAUUUUGUGCCAUAAGAAUUUGAACAUCCAUUUUUAAAAGGUUUAGAUGAAUUCAACAAAUGAUGUUUUAGUUCUGAUAUUAAAGCUCAGACUUGAAAUC